UCUCUUCUGGUUUUGCCUACGAAACCAGGCAAAGACCUUUUCCAGGUCAAGGACGAAAACAAUGCCUUAGCCUUACAUAAAUACUCCUUCUUCAACUCUCCAUUCUUUGCUGAUUUCCCACAAUUCUCUCAUCUGGGUAUCCUCAAUCAUCUUCCAAAUUUGAACCAAGCUCGAUCUUGUUGCCAAAGUUUGCAUCUUUGACUUUUUCACUCUGUGUCCCAAAAUGGGUGGCAGCGAGAAUCCGAAAUCUGCGGUUGUGGGUAGUUUGGUUGAGACCAUCAAGGAGAUUUCUGGGUUGCCGGAAUGCCAGAACGUUCACAAGAGGAUGUGUGGGAACAUGGUUCGUAGGGUGAAGCUGUUGAGUCCUUUGUUUGAGGAGCUGAAAGAUAGUGAUGAGUCCCUCAGUGAUGAACAGCUUGGAGGGUUUGAAUCUCUAAGGGUUGCUUUGGAUUCUACUCUGACACUUCUGAAGUCUGUGAAUCAAGGGAGUAAGGUUUAUCAGGCUUUGAGGAGGAAUGAUACAAUAGAUAAGUUCCAAAAAAUAACUGAAAAAAUUGAAGCUGCGUUGAGUGAAAUUUCAUACAACAAACUUGAGAUAUCAGAGGAAGUUCAAGAACAGAUUGAACUGGUGCAUGCUCAAUUUAAAAGAGCUAAAGAUCAAACAGAGUUUGCUGAUUUACAACUAGACUUGGAUAUGGCAGUGGCACAAAAGGAGAAAGACCCCGAUCCUGCUAUACUCAAAAGACUUUCGGAGAAGUUGCAUUUGAGGACUAUAAAUGACCUAAAGAAAGAGUCUAGUGAACUACAUGAAUUGGUGAUCACAAGCGAUGGAGAAGUGGAGGAAUGUCUUGAAACGAUCUCAUCCCUUCUUAGGAAGCUGAAGGACUCUGUGUCCACAGAAAAUCCUGAAGUUGAUACCUCUGAAUGUGAAAAAGGGUCAAUUAAGCACCGGUCUCCUGUAAUCCCCGAUGAUUUUCGAUGUCCCAUAUCUCUUGAACUAAUGAAAGAUCCUGUCAUUGUCUCCACUGGUCAGACAUAUGAAAGAUGCUGCAUUCAAAAAUGGCUUGAUGCUGGUCACAGAACCUGCCCCAAGACACAGCAGACACUUCUGCACACAGCCCUUACUCCUAAUUAUGUUUUAAAGAGUCUGAUAGCUUUAUGGUGUGAAAGCAAUGGUGUUGAGCUACCAAAGAAACAAGGGAGCUGUAGAACAAAGAAAUCUGGAACCAGUCUUUCAGAUUGCGACAAAACUGGUAUCAGCGCUUUAUUGGAUAAACUAGCAAGUACCGAUAUAGAACAGCAAAGGGCGGCUGCUGGUGAGCUCCGGUUGCUGGCUAAGAGGAAUGCGGAUAACAGAGUGUGUAUUGCUGAGGCAGGAGCAAUACCACUUCUUGUAGAUUUGUUGUCUUCUGUAGAUCCUCGAACUCAGGAGCAUGCUGUCACGGCCCUUCUCAAUCUCUCAAUCAACGAGAGUAACAAAGGAACUAUAGUGAAUGCCGGAGCUAUACCGGAUAUUGUGGAUGUACUGAAAAAUGGCAGCAUGGAGGCUAGAGAAAAUGCAGCUGCAACCCUCUUCAGUUUAUCUGUUCUAGAUGAGAACAAGGUUGCAAUAGGUGCAGCUGGAGCUAUCCCAGCUCUUAUAAAGUUACUUUGUGAAGGUACUCCCAGAGGUAAGAAGGAUGCUGCUACUGCUAUCUUUAAUCUGUCUAUUUAUCAGGGAAACAAAGCAAGAGCUGUAAAAGCCGGUAUAGUGGCCCCGCUGAUACAAUUUCUGAGGGAUGCUGGGGGAGGGAUGGUGGAUGAAGCACUAGCUAUAAUGGCAAUCCUUUCAAGCCAUCAUGAAGGCAGGAUGGCAGUCGGUCAGGCUGAGCCAAUCCCUAUUCUAGUCGAGGUUAUACGAACAGGGUCUCCGCGCAACCGGGAGAAUGCUGCUGCUGUCUUGUGGUCGCUAUGUACAGGAGAUUUGCUGCAGUUGAAACUAGCAAAGAAACAUGGUGCAGAAGAAGCGCUGCAGGAAUUAUCAGAAAAUGGAACUGAUAGAGCUAAGAGGAAAGCUGGAAGUUUAUUAGAACUAAUACAGCGAAUGGAGGGGGAGGACACUUUGCAAGAAUCAUAAUAUCUGUAAUUUCAUUAUAUAGUUCAUAGAUGAUAGAUGGUCAGAAAACUGUGCAGAAACUUUUGUUAUGUUUGGUUGUCAUUUAUCUGUAAAGGAAAAUGUUGUUAAUUAUCUUUUGAAAAUUUUACGUGAGAAUUAAAUAUGGAUUUAAGAA